AAAGUCCUCGGCAUCAUUUAUAGAGGCCUCCACGGAGGCCGGUGGAUGACGUCACGGAAAAUGCCGCCGGGCGCAGUCAGCUGCUGGUAGGCAAAACAUUCCGUGGUAGGCGUUGCGCCACUAUAGGGUGCGGCGGGAAUUCGAGAGGAUGGUGGAGGUUAAUCACGUUUUAUCGUGAAAAAUGCCGACUUCUUGUGCUGCUUAUGGUUGCACUUCUCGCUCUGGAAAAGAUAAGGUGUCUUUUUAUCGGUUCCCCAAAGAUAAUGACCGGUUGAAUGCUUGGGUACGUGCUACCAGGAGGAAAAACUUUGUGCCCGGCGCUGGGGCAAGGAUAUGCUCUAAGCAUUUUAUCACUGGGGCACCAGUCAGUGAGAAAGGGAGUCCUGACUGGGUACCAAGUGUCUUCAACUUCCCGUCAUCUCAGCAUGCCAGCAACGUUGGGAUCGGCGGAGUGAAGAGAGCAGAAAGGGCCCAACAAAGAUCAGCUCAGAAACAGCAUGCGUCUCUCCACCUGUCGGCUUCAUCUGGAGAUCAAGAUGAAAUGUGUACAGCCGAAGAACCAGUGUCUCAGGUCAGCAUUGAAGAGGCCAGAGCUGCAGAGGCACUGCUGGAGAUGUCAGCAGCAACUGGCACCCGUGAGGUUGGCUGCAAUACUGAUGGUACAUGGGGAGAAAACCACAAGACAGUCGUCUCAGCUCUACUUGAUAGAAUUCAUAAGCUGGAGGCUGAAGUCACAUCGUUGAAGGAGGAGUGUGAGCAGCUGUUGAACAGCAAAAAGCAUAACUCAUUUGAGACUUUGAAAGAGAAUGAAGAGGAAUUUAAAUUUUAUACCGGGUUCCCAUCCCUAGCAAUGUUCAUGUGGUUUGUAAGGGUUCUUUGUCUGGGGUGCGACCUUAGCAAAAUAUCCAGGUUGUCUGUGCACAACAUGGUUCUUAUGGUGUUGAUGAAGCUCAGGCUUGGGACAACCAAUCAGGAUCUUGCAUGGCGUUUUGGUGUAAGCAGGUCCUUGGUAUCAAAGAUCGUUCAAGGAACCCUCAGUCCAAUGGCUGCAAUGUGCAGGAGGCUCAUCAUCUGGCCAUCAAGGGAAAGCAUACAGGCCAACCUCCCUCUCUGCUUCCGUUAUCCCGAACUUCGAAAGGUCAGAGUGGUAGUUGACUGCUUUGAAAUUUUUACAGACAGGCCAAGGCAUCUCACAUCCAGAAAGAAAAUGUUCAGUUCCUACAAACACCAUAACACAUGCAAGGUUCUAAUUGGUGUGUCACCAGCUGGGGCAAUUACAUUCUUGUCUCCAGUCUGGGGAGGUCGAUCAUCAGACAAAAAGAUCACACUGUCAUCUGAGCUCAUUGACAUCCUUGAUCCAUUCGAUGUGGUGUUGGCGGACCGGGGGUUUACCGUUUCUACAGAAAUGGCUCUGUACAAUCUCAAAGUUUUGACACCAGCAUUUGUUCGUGGUCAAGCCCAGCUUCCUAGGGCAGAAGUAGAGAAGUCUAGGCUUUUGUCUCGAGCUAGAAUCCAUGUUGAAAGAGUCAUUGGUAGAAUGAGAACGAAGUUUCGCAUUCUGAAGUCUACAUUGCCAGUCACCAUGUACACGCAGGUAGAUGAUGUUGUUUGUGUGUGUGCAGGUAUCAUAAACCUGCAUCCAAGUGUGGUUCCGUGAGAUGCCCCAAAACUCCAUGGAAUGCAUGAUUAGAUGGUACUAAGUGCUGGUAACAUGCUCCGAUCAUGUAUUGAAAACAAACUCAAUUGAGUUUGUUUUCAUGACAGUGACAUUGUUGAUGAAUAAAACAGACUUGCAAA